CCUCCAAGUGAAUCCCCAUUCCGGACAGAAAAAAUUGCAACAACCAUUUGGAAACCAAAAAAAAAGUAGAAUGCAGAAGUGGAGAGCUACACGUCGUCUCCUCCUCAACAGUUACUCAUCCAAGUCCCGCUUUGAUCAUCCUCGAUCCAAUCCAAUUUCUGAUCAUUCCACAACAAUUUCCCGCUCUUCCUCAGGUUUUGAAUCAUGGACAAGCAGAAUCCUCCACUACAGACACUUUGCUACAGCGAUGAUUCAAAGAAACCCAUCGUUUUCAACGUUGAAUUCCGAUGAUAUCAACCAUUUCAAAGGUAUAUUAGGCGAUAAAAAUGUGAUUGAAGAUGAAGACACGCUUCUCUUUGCAAACACUGAUUGGAUGCGAAAAUAUAAGGGCUCCAGUAAGCUUUUGCUACAACCUAGAACCACUCAAGAGGUCUCUGAGGUUCUUAAAUACUGUAAUUCGAGACGCUUAGCUGUUGUUCCUCAAGGUGGAAAUACUGGCCUUGUAGGCGGAAGUGUUCCCGUCUUUGAUGAAGUCAUUAUCAAUGUUGGUUCAAUGAAACAGGUCAUAUCUUUUGACAAGGUCAGUGGUGUAUUGGUAUGUGAAGCAGGAUGCAUUUUGGAAAAUUUGGUUUCUUUCCUAGACAACCAGGGAUUUAUUAUGCCACUGGACUUAGGUGCAAAAGGAAGCUGCCAGAUUGGUGGAAAUGUUUCAACUAAUGCUGGUGGUUUACGUCUUGUCCGUUAUGGAUCUCUUCAUGGAACUGUACUAGGCAUUGAGGCUGUUUUAGCAAAUGGCGAUGUGCUUGACAUGCUAGGGACUCUCAGGAAAGAUAAUACUGGGUAUGAUUUAAAGCAUUUGUUUAUAGGAAGUGAAGGAUCCUUAGGAAUUGUAACUAAGGUUUCCAUUCUCACUCCUCCAAAGCUAUCUUCGGUGAAUCUAGCUUUUCUUGCAUGUAAAGACUAUUCCAGCUGCCAGAAACUUCUAUUUGAAGCGAAGAGAAGACUUGGGGAGAUUUUAUCUGCAUUUGAAUUUUUAGAUAAUGAGUCACUGAAUCUGGCUCUGAAUCAUUUAGAAGGUGUAAGGAAUCCAUUACCUCCCGCAAUGCACAACUUCUAUGUUCUGAUUGAGACAACAGGCAGUGAUGAAUCUUAUGACAAAGAAAAGCUUGAAGCUUUCCUACUUCGAUCAAUGGAAGAUGGUUUGAUUUCUGAUGGUGUUAUUGCACAAGACAUUAACCAAGCUUCAUCAUUUUGGCGUAUUCGUGAGGGUGUACCAGAGGCACUCAUGAAAGCAGGAGCUGUUUACAAAUAUGACUUGUCAUUACCUGUUGAAACGAUGUACAAUCUUGUAGAGGAAAUGCGAACAAUACUUGGUAAUUCAGCUAAAGUAAUUGGAUAUGGCCACCUUGGAGAUGGAAAUUUGCAUUUUAAUAUUUCAACUCCACAGUAUGAUGAUGCGAUUUUAGCACAAAUUGAACCCUUUGUCUAUGAAUGGACAUCUAAGCAGCGGGGAAGUAUUAGUGCAGAGCAUGGCUUGGGACUGAUGAAGGCUAAUAAGAUUUUCUACAGCAAGUCACAUGAAACCGUGCAACUAAUGGCUUCAAUUAAGAAGUUGAUGGACCCCAAUGGGAUACUGAACCCAUAUAAAGUUCUUCCAUACUCAAUUGUUUCUUACAUCUGAGAUAAGCUGAAAUUCAACAUUCCCUGAGGUAGCAAGCAUGAUGGUUUUGUCUCAAGUUGUAGCAAGUGGACAUAACUGAGCUACAGCUCAGUAGGAUGCAAUUCUAUUAAACUAUGAAGUUAGAGAUGUUCAAUACUAUCUGGCAUCUGAUUGGAGAAGGAGCAAGUUCUAUUAAAUAGAAAGCACUAGUAAUUGUAUGGCACUUGAAGAUAGUAAUCUCCAUGCCGUGGCAAUGAGUUGUGUAGUUGAUGAGUACCUAAACAGUACUGAAGAUUAAAUGAAAUAAAAGCAUGUUCCUAUGAA